GAGAAACACCUGCCACACAUUACAAAAUUAAGUUUUAAUGGCAGAGAUGGAAGAAAAUUGUAACAGCCUAAGAAAAAUCCACGAAGUUUCCUACGCAAUGCACCUAAAUAAGCCAAAUGGAAAAAAUGCCACAGGAAGUCAACAAGCCCAGUCGCCCACCUCCAGAUCUUGACGAGGGAAAAAUCCUCCAGAUCUUGCUCUUCAAAAUAAAUAUUCUCCUUCCAAGUGCGGGCAUAGUUGAAGGCAAUCAUAUUUCUCAGAGAGAAGUCUAGGAUAGAAGAGAAAAACCAUGUCGGUGGAGCAUCUGCUGCAUGCAAUGGUGGAAAAGCUGAAAUUGGAACCUGUCCUGGAGAUGGGUCGGUUGCUUGGCAUUGGAAGCCUACUUCAGGAGUUGCAGACAUAUUUCAGUAUGAUCCAUGGGAGGAUCAGUGGCAUCGAUGAGAGUGCAGUUCUUAUGAUCAACGUUAACAAUGAGCAGUACCUCCAGCUCCUGCAGAGGCUCUGGUCUCUCACACUUGAUACUGAUGACGCGCUGAAUAGGAUCUCUCGCCGUCUGAGAAAAAAGGGGGGCAUUUUCUCAUUUCAUCAGGUACGCAGCUCGCCCAUCUUUCGGAAGCUCCAUUUUCGCCGUGUCAAUAAGAUAAGAGAGGCAGUAGCUAGCUUGAAAAACUGCUAUGCACAAACAUGUAGAAUCAGACUUCCAGCCAAACAUACAGAUAUCCAGGAAACUAUGAGUUGCCAGAGAACAUGUGGCGAACCUGAAGGUGUACUUGGUAGAGAGAGAGAAUUGGACGAUGUCCUAAGAAUGAUGCAAACUGAUGACAGCACACCCGGCUUGUCAAUUCUCCCCAUAACGGGAAUGGCUGGAAUCGGGAAGACUACCCUUGCUCAGCUAGUAUUCUGGCAUCCAUGGGUUGUUGAUACCUUUGGUGAUGAUCGGAUUUGGGUUUCGUUACCUCGUGAUUUUAACACCAUGGUGAUAUUGAGUAGAAUAACACAAGUUCUAACCACCCAGCAGUGUAGCACAAGUGAUUCGCCAGAAGAAGAAAUGAUAGAGCAGGAGGACUCCGUGAAACUGAAGUGCCUUGUCAAAGAGAAACUCAGUGGGCGGAAAUUUUUCCUUGUACUGGAUGAUGCGUGGGAUCAGGAUUGGGAGAAAUGGCAAAAGCUGAUGCAAGUCCUUGAUAGUGCUGGAAAGCCCGGAAGCAAGAUGAUUGUCACUAGUCGCAUCCCUGAUGUUGUAACAUUGACGAAGUCCCUCAAACCAUACACCUUACAGCGUCUCUUGCCAGCUCAUUCUUCAAGUCUGCUCAUACAAUGGAUGCAAAAUCCUGCAGAGUUGCCACCACGGCUCAUCCCAAUCAGGAAAAUGAUUGCUGAAACAUGUGCUGGUGUGCCCUCAUUACUACUCAGCGCAUCAAACAAGCUGAAGAGCAUACGGAAAACUCAAGUCGCUUGGCAGCAUGUCCUGAGCAGAUUUGAUCUCGUCUUCUAUGCAGACCGUCUUUUGUUGGAUGCGGCUUAUGUCAGCUACCAACAUCUCCCUCCAAGCAUCCAGCAAUGCUUUCUUUACUGCUCACUGCUCCUAGUUCAUAGCUUUACACCUGAACAACUGACUGACAUGUUUGUUGCUGAUGAGCUCAUAAAACUGAUAAGCAGCAAAUCUGACAUGCAUCUCUACUUCUCCAAGAUGAUGAAAGAACACUUCUAUGAUGUAGUCCAGAAAUCUCGACACGGAGGAAACAUUGUUUACAAGAUGCAUCCUGGGAUGCAACUUCUUGCACAAAGGAUCAGCCGGGGAUUCCACUUAGCAAUAGAUGCUAGAAAGGAAAUAAUUUGGCCUUCGUGUGAUGCCAGGUGUCUCUCCUUACUUGUUGAUUGUGAAACCAGUAAGCUUCCACCAGAAUUGUUUGAAUUGGAAAGUUUGAGGACCCUAAUAUUGCUCAGAGAUGAAAAUAUGCUUUUGUCUGAGAACAAGUGCGCAAUCACCGAUAUCCCGGCAGAGUUUUGCCAACGUCUGAUAGCUCUGCGUGUACUGCAUAUGCAAUCUUGCAGGAUCAAAAGGAUUCCUAGGUUAAUUGAUAUGUUACAGAAUCUAACCUAUAUCAAUCUUUCUCACAAUGAUAUUGAGCUUGUACCAGAUUCAGUUAGCAACCUUCGAUUCUUGACCCACUUGAAUCUUUCACAAAAUGAGAUCACUGAACUGCCAGAAUCAGUUGGAAAGAUGCAAUCCUUGCAGAUGCUGGACCUGUCUCACUGUGAAAAACUUCUUGGCUUGCAUGAAGCAAUAAGCAACCUUGUGAAUCUACAUACUCUAAACCUUGAAGGCUGUUACUACCUUGCUGUAUUACCCAAAGGCAUGAAAAACUUGAAAAGUCUUACCUACCUGAACAUUCUUGAAUGUCCUUUACUAACUCAAAUGCCUCGUCAGAUGAACCAACUCACAAGCAUCAAGAUAUUGCCAAGGUACAUUGCAGCAGAAACCCCCAAGCAUACCAUCUCAGAGUUACGUCCUUUAGUUUAUUUGAAGGAACUCGGUGUUCAGAACAUGGAAAAUUCUUCUUCUGCUGAUGCCAGAAAUGUAAUCCUGCAAGACAAACACAAGCUUGAGUCACUGGUAUUGAGUUGGACUGGAGAUUGCACAGAUCCUGAAACUAGCUCGAGAGCACAGGAAAUACUUGAACAUCUGAAACCACACCAUGGUUUGAAAGUGUUACAAUUAUUUUCCUAUCCAGGAAGGAAACUUCCAUCAUGGAUAACCAGUGGCGUACCUUACCUAGACUCCCUUACUGAUAUCAAGUUGGUUAAUCUGGCAUGUGAAAGUCUGCCACCGCUGGGACAAUUACCUAACCUCAAGAUUGCUGAAGUAAGCGGAAUAGAUGCUGUCACAUGUGUAGAUGACACAUUCUAUGGGGCCGAUGGCACAUUCUCCUCAUUGGAGAAACUAUCAUUCUUUCACAUGCCCAACCUAAAAACCUGGGUACCAUCACACAGAGGACUUUUUCCCUGCCUUCAAGAAUUGACAAUCGCCCAAUGCCCAAAAUUGACAGCAGUACAUGUAAAACUCGGAGCUGUUACAAGCUUGACCAUGCUGAUGAACAAUGAAAAUUUGAUUGCAUGUAGAGGAUCACUCCAAGGUUUGUCUGGGAAUUUAAGGUCUCUGUCAAUUUCCCUGUGUGAAGAGCUAUUAGAACGUUCUCAAUGUGAGGGGCUGCAUGAACUUCAUGGGCUUGAGGAGCUCCAAAUUUCAAGGUGCACAGAAUUAAUUUCGUUACCUGGUGGUAUGAGGCAUUUGUCAGUCCUUCGGAGUUUGACAAUAACAAAAUGCACAAAAUUAGAGACCUUGCCAGAGUGGUUGAAGAAUAUAACCUCUCUGAGAUCAUUGUGCAUAUCUGACUGUCCAAAGCUGCACAUUCCCAAGAGUUUGAAUAAUUUGUCACAUCUCCAAAUUAUUUUGGAGUGAAGUCCAUCGGUUUUCCCUUUAUAUGGUAAAAACUGUUCAUGUAACAGGAGCAAAGAAUGGUUAUGGUUAUGGGUACAUUUUUCAUUCCCUUGCAGAAAGAAAGAAGAAAGACUGGUUAUGGGUACAUUUUGAUGUUCCUUGUUUUAAUAAUUAAUAUUCUUGACAUAAAUACAUGUGCGGCUUUGCACUACUACCAGACUAUACGAUGACUAGUUGAAUGCCCGUGCAUUGCUACGGAAGAACGAAAAAAAUGUAGUGCCCAAACAAUUGCUCUAAUUCAGAAAUGUGUGUCAAGCAUGAUGGCGUGUGAUUUUCAUUUAUAUAGCGAAAGACUGGUUUUCUCUCCCACUCCAUUUCUCCUCGGCAGUGGUCGUGGUUGGAGUGGCAACGAUCCAUCAACUCUAACACGAGCAACUUCAGGGUCACCGUCCUCUUCCUGGGCUUGGUCGUGAUUAGUACACCUGUACUGCACUCAUGUAGCGGGUUUCUUCUCAGGUGUGUUCCAGAUUGGUGCACUGACUUGCUUUGUACAAAUUUAACUGUACCGUGGUUAUUACGAAUCCACUCACUCCCACCUCAGAUGCUCCGUCGCAAGCAGCUAUUGCCGGCAAGGGUUGGGCACACUGGACCACAGCCAGGGUCAUCAUGACAAUGAAAUCCUUCACAGUUUCUAGUGUAGAUUACUGCAGCUAUAUAGUGCUUGAAGAUGACUUGUGGUGGCCGGGGGCCUGAUGCCAGUCUAGCUACACUAUUGUGUUGCCUGCAAGGUGUUCCAUAUCUAUGGAGAUGAGGAAGAAGCUAGACACGCACCUCCAUAUUGUCGGCACCUCUCCCCACUUUCUUUGUCGCCCCUCAUGACCCAAGCCGGGCUACGGCUUAGAUCCAGCAAUGGCGAGCUAGUCCUAGUUGUCUUGUCAACAUCCGUGCCUGUGUUAAGUGAAAGACUUCAGAGAAUACGGGCGCUGACCUUGUUAAGUGAAAGACUUCAGAAAAUAUGGGUGUGGACUUUGCUCCAGCCAACCAAUCUUUCUGAAAUCAGAGAAUGAGGCUAAUCUUUACGAAAUCAGAGAAAGAGGGAAGGCGUGCUGCAACUAACUAUUGGACCAUGGCAUUUCUCCGUUUUGAGUCCAGUUAGUAUAAUAUCAGGAAUCAGCCAAUAAAUUGCACUGUUAUUAGAGUCAUGAUGAAGUAUAAUUUUCACCUCAACAAUUACUAAUGUUUGUGCAAAAAUAUACUGCGCUACAAACCAGAUGAAAUUAUUUUCCAUCAAAUUAGAGAUCUGUCAGAUAACAAAGUAAUUAAGAGCUAAUAAAAAAACCCAGAGCUCUGCAGCCCCAGGUGCUGGAACCUGUAUGCCGACUGAGCAGAGUAGCAACCUGACUUGGUUAUCCUCCAGAUGAUAGAAUCAGGGAUGUCCUGGCAUAGCUGAAUUUGGGAGUGCUGCAGCUUCUCUAAACGAAGAGGAAAUCACUGAUGAUGUCAUUACAAAUGCUAUACUGAAUCUUAAUCCAGUUGUGCUCAUGCAAUGCAUCAGCCACCGUGAUGACCAUGUCCCUGUCAUGCCUCUGGAGCCACAUCCAAGCCCCAUCGUUGGCAUCAACUGGCCCUGCCACGGGCUACAGACGUCCUGGGAGGCAUCAGGGCCAA